AUGAGUAUAGAAGAACAAAUCUUUAUUCCUGCUAGGGAUCAUCUACGAGUAAAACAAGAUGAAAGAGAGACGGUAAUUCGGUCGUGUCGUGAAAUAACGAGCUACUCCAAAAAGGCAAUUUUCACGCUACACAGAUCAGUCCUGGAUGACAUUGUAACCAAAGAGUUGUCGCAAUACUUGAAAGUGAUUAGUGAGCAUCUACGCAAGGAUGACGAUAUAUAUGUGAACAAUUAUCAUCUACGAGGCUCAAUUCUGGGUGCUGUUGAAGAAUUGAUUGAGUUUUGCACCUUUGCAUACUACAAGAAAACAGGAGAAUUGAUCAAGUAUGCAUUGUUUUCUCAAUUGAUCAACUUAGUGGCGGACGGGCAAGUAGACGUCGUUGUGAAAUACUUGUUACAUCCAGAUAUACAACUACCUACUCCCUCUAUCUCCCCUGUUGAGUUUAUCGACAAAUCGGACUACGUGAUGGGGUUGUUUGAUUGUACUGGUGAAAUUAUGAGAAUGGUGAUUCUGCAAUCAUCUGACACGUCUGGUGAAUUUCAAAUGACGAAAACAUUGCAGAAUUACAAUUUUUUAAAAGACUUACAUGAACAAUAUAUUAUCCUCACUGCGUAUUACCCUGGGAUAUCCAUACACCAUGGUGCUUUCGAUGAUGCUGUUAACCUGAAGGGGAACUACUCAUUCAAAAAGAAGUUGCAAGUGCUUGAAUCAUCACUUAACAAGAUUCAAAACACACUACUUGAUAUUUUAAUCAGUGAUAAAGAGAUUCUAUAA